AUGUUAAUCCUAGGCAGCGGCACCGAACAUGAAGUGGCCGUUGAGCUGCCACCAGGAAGCACUGGUUGGCCAAUCAUUGGUGAAACCCUAGAGUAUCUACGCACAGCCAAACAGGGUGUUCCUGAAAAGUUCAUAGUGGACAGGAGGAACAAGCACUCAUCCUGCAAGGUGUUCAAGACCUCACUGCUGCGUGAAUCUAUGGCCGUGAUGUGCACUGCAGCUGGAAACAAAUUCCUAUUUUCUAAUGAGAACAAACUCGUCAAGUCUUGGUGGCCUGCAAAUUUCGAAAAGAUCUUUGCCAACUCUGAGAAAACAGACACCACCCAAGAGUCCAUUCGAUUGCGCAAAGUUUUGUCUCCGUUUCUCAAGCCUGAUGCUCUCCACAGGUACAUAGGGGUCAUGGAUGAAGUCACCAAACAGCAUUUGGACGUGUAUUGGUCGUUUUCAUUAUUUGAUUAUGAAAAAGAAGACGAUGAAAUCGUGAUCAUAAAAGUUCACCCGCUUGCAAAGAAGUACACCUUCACAUUGGCAUGCAGACUCUUCUUAAACAUUGAUGAUCCAAAAUUAGUUGCCAAACUAGAGGAGCCAAUUCGGCAUAUAUCUUCAGGGUUCAUUUCUUUGCCACUAGAUUUUCCAGGCACAAAAUUCAACCGAGCCAUUAGAGCAUCCAAGCAAAUCAAGAAAGAAAUUGAGAAAAUGAUUAAGCAGAGAAGGAUAGAUCUCCAUCUUCAUCUUUUGGAGACAAGUAGUGAUCACGAGGUUGCUGCAGCAGCUUUCGAUCAUCAAGAUUUGUUGUCUAGGUUGCUGAUGGAGACAUAUAGCGACGGGGAAGAGAUGAAGGAAUCAGACAUUGCCAACAAGUUGUAUGGCUUCAUAGUCGGUGCUUACGACAACAUAAGCACUACUUUGGUCUCCAUAGUCAUGCAUCAGUCGCAGCUUCCACAUUUUUAUGAUACCGUACUUAAAGGUAAAUAG